GAAUGGCGUUACUGAAAGUGGAAGCAAUAAUUCAUUGUCAAAAAUAUAACCAAUUUAAUAUAGUUUACAUAAAUUUGCGUAAAAAGUGACGUAUAAACGCGGUACCUAAUCGCGUAUUAGCAUUAGCCAAAACGAGACGUAAUGUAAGGAAACGCGAAAGAAAUUGAAAGUGCCAGCUAGAUAGCGGCGAUUUAAUAAGUGUGCCUACGUAUGUGCACUUUUUUAUUUGGGAAAGCGAGGAUUUUUGGUCGUCGACGACAACGGCCAUCACAUUAAACGUGAAUAACUAAAUUAAUUAAUUUGUUCUCUGGUUAGAUCAAAUUGUGUCCUGAUUAAAAGUAAUAGUGAAAAAACUCUUGCAAUAUUUUGGCGCAAGAUUUUAGUCUUCAACUUAGAGUGAAUUGUUAUAUUCACUUGGCCACCGAACAACCUAUCCGUAAAUUUAAGCUAUGAGAUUUUGAAUACUGAGUGUAAAGUGAAUUAUUUGUGUUUAAAGAAAGUGCAUUUUAUGAACGUGUGCAUGGUGCAUUUUGCAGAACGCUUGUGAAAAAAGUAGUGAAGAGUAGAAAAUAGUCGCAGUAGCCGCUAUGGUCACAGCAGCAUGCAAGCAGGCAGGCAGAAAAAUGUGAGCCAUGCAAAGAGGCUGCGUUGUGAAAGAAAAGAAACGAACAAGAAGCAGCAUUUAGCAGUUGAAGAAAAAAAGACAGAACCAAAGGUAGAAGGCGUACAAGAGUAAAAAGGUUAAAGAAGAGUGGAAGGAAGAUAGGUGAAUAAGAAAAAGAAGAAGACUUUAGAAGGAGAAGUAGCCAUAGCAGUUGCAGCAUAGUAAUUAUUGUUUUGAGACAUUACGAGUGAUAUUUUGGUGCAGAAUUAACUUUUAUGUAGUUUUAAUAAUUUAAUGUGCUCAAAUCUAUGUAGUGUAAAAAAGUUAAGAGGUUUGUUACUAAAUUAUAGGCAGCCCUUGGCUGCAGGCUGCCCAACAAGACACCAGCCGUGUUGCAGCGGACGUACCUAAAAGUGGAUCAACUAUUAUUGUAAUCUUAAUUUGAUUACUAUGUCUCCAUCUAUUAAGAAAUGAUAACAACGAUUUGGUAUUCCGGAGACCUUGCCUAUUUCCCCACAAAAUACGAGUUGAUCUCGCAGACCACGAAAAAAAUCAACGGAAUUUGUAUUAACGACAGCAUGCUGUGUCCUUUUUUCUAAAGGACAUUUAUAAGGAACACAAAAUCAUCAGAUGAUUGUACAUCCGAAUGUGCCAUUGAAAUUAAUAAUUAAAAUUAUUAUUAAAAUACUAAGAGAGUGAGAGAAGUUGAUCAAAAUUUAAAAGAUAUAUCGCUUAAUUAAACCGCGUAUACUCGUAUAAUAAAGGCGCGGAACCUUUUUUUAUUGCUGAAGUGAGUCAAAAAGCCGUCAACAUUAGGAAGAAAAAUACUACGAAUAUGACCCAUCAUCUCGGUAUGGCUCCAUAUCGUUUGACGGGUCCAGCGGGUGGGUUAUGCCCUCCCGAUUUUAAACCGCCACCUCCAACGGAUAUCAUUUCUGCUCCGAGUAAUCCGAAAAAGCGACGGAAAACAUCUAAUGCUAAUUCGGUAGCGGCAGCAGCUGCAGCGGCAGCAGCGGCUUCGGCAGCUGCUAAUUCAAUGCAAUCACAAGCUCCUCCCACUCCUGCAGAUUUGUUACCUCCUCCACCAAUGGGAGGUUUUGGAGAUACUAUCGUCGCAUCCAACCCAUUUGAUGACACACCUCCCAGCAUGUCCAGCAGUAGUAUGUCGAGCAUGAGUCAUAUGGUUGGACCGGGUCAUUUUGGUCCUGGCGGUAUGGGUGGCCCUCAUAUGGGAAUGGGAGGCCCACAUGGUCCACCACCCCACAUGCAUCCGCAUAUGCAUCCUCAUCAUCCCGGUGGGCCUCCGCACCCACAUCAUAUGGGUGGUCCGCCCAUGCGAGGAAUGAGUCCAAUGGGAAUGGGUAGUCCUAUGGGCGGACCUGGUCAUCCAAUGGGUCCUGGAGUUGGGCUUCCACCGCAUAUGAAUCAUGGACGAGCAGGUGGACCAAUGGGUAGUCCUAUGGGUGCAAUGGGCGGCAUGAGUCCUAUGGGUGGUAUGGGAGGACCCAGUAUAUCUCCUCAUCACAUGGGAAUGGGAGGACUGUCACCUAUGGGUGGACCAGGACCAGGGCCGGGACCUGGGCCUAAUGGACCGCGUGCAAUGGGAUCACCAAUGGGAAAUCCGCCUGUAGGUAGUAUAGGAGGGCCGCCUGGUAUGUCUCAUGGGCCUGGUCAAGGGUCACCAAUGAACUCAUUGCCAAUGGGAUCACCCAUGAGUAGUGCGAUAGGUAGCCCACUUGGUCCACAUCCACCUCACCAUCAACAACAGUCUCAGUCUCAACCUCCGCCGCAUAUGAACAAUGGCCAGAUGGGCCCACCAACAAUGCAUAGUCCCCUAGGAAAUGGUCCAGCGAAUCAUAGUCAUUUAGUAGGAGGGCAAGGACCCGGGCCUGGUGGCCCUUUAUCAUCGCAACAGCUAGGAACAAAUAUGAUGGGCACCAUGAGUGGGCAAUGUGGUAAUAUUGGUCCGGGAGGAAAUUCUCCUGCUGGUACAGGACCUGCACAUACGCAGAAUAAUAGCAAUAAUAGCAGCAACAACAAUGCAAGUAAUAGCAAYAACAAUCAGAAUCAUCAUCUCUCUCCUGCGGGGCGUAUGGGUGGUGCGACGUCUCUAAGUAACGGACCUAUGCCACCAUCAUCCUCGUCGGCAACGACGGCAACGUCAUCAGCAUCGUCCAUUUCUGUACCAACAUCUUCUCCUGCGCCAGGAGGUGUAAAUCCGGGUAUGUCUCCGAUUCAUUCAUUGAGUGGGAGUAUCAGUGGAGGACCUGGACGAAGUCCUAGUAUGAUGAAUAAUGCAGGUUCAGGCGCUGCCCCAGGACCAAGUCCGUUACAAUCUCCUUCGUUGGGUAGUGGAGGAAGUGGAAAUAUCGGUGCUAGUCCAAUGGGAUGUGGUGUAGGCGGCAACACAACUGGUCUCAACAUAGGUCCUGGCAGUGGUAACAAUAGCAAUAACAACAGCAACAAUCCCAACAACGGUCCGAUGAGUUCGAGCGGAAGUGGACAGAUGAGCGGUCCAAUGCAGCAACAGCUGAAUGCAAAUGUUCCUAUGCAGCAGCAGCAGCAGCAGCAACAACAACAACAACAACAGUCUAUGGCGCUUGGUGGGAACGCGGGUGUUGGACCUGCUGGUCAAAUGCAAAUGAACAAUUCCGGAGGACCAGGAAGUAUGGGUUUAAUGGUAGGCCAAGGACCUGGUAGCCAAGGAAGUGGCUCCAACCAGGGGCCAUCCGGAAUGUGCGGUGGUAUAGGCGGGGGUGGUGUACCCAAUCAAAUGCUUCCUCCACAACAACCACAUCUCGGACCAACCCAACAACAAUUAAUGAAUCAUGCACACCACCAUCCGGGAGGACCAAUGCCACCUCACAUGAUGGGCGCUGGACCUAACUCGCAUAUGCACGGACCUGGAGGUUUGAUGCCACCACACAUGGGUGGUCCUGGAGGACCUAAUCAUCCCCAUCCACCUCAUCAUAUGAUGGGCGCUCAUGGCGGCAGUUCGCACAUAGGUCAUAUGGGCGGUGUGCCCGGACCAGGUGGUGGUAGUGGUCCUGGUGGUAUGAAUGUACCACCACAUCCCCACGGGCAUCAUCCGCAUGCACAUCCUCAUGGACCUCCACAUACGAUGGGCGGACCCAAUCAAAAUAUGUUCGGCCCUGGUGGUCCAAUGGGUCCAAUGAGCGGGCCGGGUGGUCCGAUGGGCCCUGGGGGCCCAAUGGGUGGCCCUAUGGGAGGUCACAUGGGCCCCAUGGGUGGUCCAGGUGGACCAAUGGGCAACCUUGGUAGCGGUAUGGGCGGCCCAAAACCUAUGCCAAUGGGCACUGGCAAAAUGUAUCCACCCGGACAACCGAUGGUGUUUAAUCCUCAAAAUCCGAAUGCGCCACCAAUUUACCCAUGUGGUAUGUGCCACAAAGAGGUCAAUGACAACGACGAGGCAGUAUUUUGUGAAUCAGGAUGUAAUUUCUUCUUUCAUAGGACGUGUGUGGGUCUCACGGAGGCGGCUUUUCAAAUGUUGAAAGAUGAGGUGUACGCGGAAUGGUGCUGUGACAAGUGUUUGUCUUCCAAGCCAAUACCUAUGGUAAAAUUUAAAUGUUGAAAUAACACAUGAACAGCGCAUUAGCGCUUUGGCUUAGAACUUAAUUGACAGCAGAAACAGUGGGUAUAUCUAGCUGGUGUAGUGAAAGACACUCAUCUUUACGCAGACCGCCAGCUAAAAAUGGUUGUUAUUGGUGCCGGUUAACAUUGAAAGCAGGAGCAACAACGACACAAGACACACAACACCAAUGUAGAAUAAUAGUUAAAAUAAAUUCGGGAAAUGACAGCGAAUGUGAAAACUGUUGGCAGCACCCUGAUGCAAAAUGAACGGCCCAAACAUACAAACACAUAUAUUCGCGCUCACCUACAAUCACAUAAACACAUACUACUUUGUAUAAAUUUAAUUGAAAUGCAAAAAACUAAAUAGAAUUAAGAUACUACCAUUAAAUAACAUAGGAAGUAAAACAUAAAAAUGAAAUUUAGAAAUAGAAUUUAUGAAUGAGUGGAUCAAAUAAGCAAAUGCAGUUUAAUGAAAGUAGCACACGUGCAGACGCGCAUUAAAGUCGAUCGAACCAAACGUUAUUUAGAGGGAAUACAGUGCAAAUAGGUGCAAACUAAGUUUAAUCUUAAAAUAUGCGCUAAAAUUCCGCAUACAAAUCAAAUCCCCAGCGGCCUUUUGGGGAAAAAGUUAUACCAUCGAAAAGCGCCAUUGCGCUAAUUUGCAUUUGUCGUACACGAAUUGCUUUAUUUACACGCUCAAUGUGGUCUCACCCAUAAAUGUACUACAAUGACUCGGUCCGAAAAAAUACCAUACUUCAAUCAUUUUUCAAAUUGUUUAUGAUUUAAAGGUUUCUAUUUAAUUUCGACAUAGAUUCUUACUUAAGAUUGUAUUGUUUUAAAAAUCCUAAAAAAAGGUCGGAAGCUUGUGAAAACGUUGAAAAUUUUACAUUUCAACUCUUUUGUGUUCGUAUCUACUCGUAAUACUGUUUGUUUUUUUGUGUGUCGGAAAUUUUCUACUUACUGAGUAAAUUAUUGCUUUGAAUUCAUGUAGGGCACAUUCAUGUAUAGUAAACUUUUUAAUA